AUGCCUGAAAAUAAGCCUGGCAUCAAAGGCUUUCCAGAACUAAGCUUUGUGGACAACCUGCAGGCCAAACAGCAGACAAAUGAGCAGAGCUCCUUCAGCCUACUCAGAGAGAGUGGGAUCUUCCUAACUUUGGCAAAAAUCCUGAAGGGCAAUCCACGAUGUGCAGUGAAAGCAGCCCAGGUGCUUUCAGAGAUAGCCAGGAAUGAGGAAAUGAAGAAACCAUGUAUUGAAGCAGAUUUGGUUCUAACUUUGAUACCUUUCCUGGAGAGCACAGACCAAGAAAUGUUGCUUCAUGCUGGCAGGGCUAUUGGCCGUAUCUGUUAUGAUAAUCGGGAUCUCCAGGAAGAGCUGGUGAAGGUAGGAGUAAUCACACCACUAGUCCGAAUAUUAACAGACUAUGCAGAGAACGAACCACUUGUUCAUGUUGAUCUAUUGGCCUUAUGCAAUCUUGCAUACCUUGAUACAGCCAAGGAAGCUCUAAGCAAGACAAAGGUUGCUGAACAGCUGGUGAAACAACUGAGAAGAGCAGAGAACCAUGAGAGGUUAGAAAUUGUCUUUGAGGUCCUGCAAGCACUUGCAGAAAAUGACUCUCUGAAAGUGCAGCUGGUGGAGGCAGGUGUGCAAGAGGUGCUGUCUGAGAUCCUGCUGAGGCUCCAGGGCACUUCACAAGCUGAAGAUACAUGCAUUGUGAAGGCUGCAUCAGAUCUCAUUGUCUCACUGCUUCUUGGAGAUAAGUACAUGCAGAAGGUUUUUGCUAAGGGAUGUGGCAUCACCUCCCAGAAUGUUGUCACUUACAUCACAUCCAGACACAUGCAGCUACAGACAGGAGCAAAGGCUAUUGCUAAUUUUACAAAAAAUGAUGGCAACUGCAUACGAAUGAUACAGCUGGGAGUCAUACAUCAGCUUCUGGAUCUUUUGGAGAAACAUGUAGAGAGCGGGGACGUCUCUGUUCAACACGCUGCACUCAGUGCACUUCGAAACCUUGCUAUACCAGUUGUUAACAAGGUUCAAAUGCUGGAAGAAGGUGUGGCAGAACGGAUUCAGGCACUUCUAAGGUCAGAGAUGCCUCCUGUGCAGUUUAAACUUCUUGGAACACUACGGAUGUUAGCAGAUGGUCAAGCUGAUGCAGCUGAAAUCUUGGGCCAAGACCCCAUGCUACUCAACAGACUUGUGCAGUGGUGCGAUGUCAACGACCACACUGGUGUUCAUGGAGAAGCAAAUCGACUGCUGGCAUCAAUCUUGCGUCACAACAGAUCCCAAGAAGUGGUCAAAGCCAUCCAGGAGGCACAAGGAGUGAAGCAUCUGGUUUCCAUGACAACAAGUGAACAUGCUGCCAUGCAGAAUGAGGCUCUGAAUGCCUUGGCAAUAGCGUCUGCAAUCGAUUUAGAAACCCUUGAAGAAUCUUUCAAGGAAUCACAACUAGUUCAAAGCUUACACAAACUUCUACAAGAUGAUAAUACAAGUCCUGAGGUGAAAUACAAUUCAAUGGGUCUUUUGUGCAGGCUUCUUAAUUCAGGUGAUCUGAGACAAGAAAUAGAAGAGGACAAGAUUAAAGAAACUCUCGAACAACUUUGCAAUCACAGUAAUGCAAAUGUGGUCAAGGAAGCUGUUACAACAUUACAGGUUUUGAGAGGAGAGACACCCCACUAGUCUCCCUUCUUCCCCACAGCAACCCUGCACUGCUGCUGAAGCAAAUGCAAUAAACACCAGCUUUGCCA